AAAAAACAAGCUUUCGUAGACUUCUUGGUGUGAAACGCGUGCAGUAGGCUCUUUCUUGGAUCCGUCCUGCCAGGUAAUUGUCGUCGUAUAGUAUCUUUGUGAACUUCGAUUGAGGCAGAUUACUAACUUCGAAUAUACAAUGGCAGACGUCAAGCCCGAUCCAGAUGUGAAAGUCGAGCCUGAGGCAGCUGAGCCAACCAAGUCGGAAAUUGCCAUUAUCGAACAGACUGAGUAUUAUUUCGGCGAUGCUAAUAUUCGUCGGGACAAGUUCAUGAAACAGACUCUGGAUGAGAACGAUGGUUGGAUGCCAAUGGAGAUCAUGCUCAAGUUCAAUCGCCUGAAGCAACUGAGCGAGGAUAAGCAAGUUAUCGCUGAAGCAUUGAGGAAGAGCACCUCUGGCCUGCUGGAAGUAUCUGAGGAUGGGAGCAAAAUGCGUCGCAGUGCUUCUCGACCCGUGCCCGAAUGGAACGACAACGUGAAAAAGGACACAAACAACCGCACGGUGUAUGUUAAGGGCUUCCCAAAAACAUCCACUCUGGUAGAAGUUGAGUCUUUCUUCACAUCCAAUGGCUUCGGCAAGAAGGCCGUGUGGAAUAUCGUCCUGCGCCGCCAGCUGGACAACAAGGAGUUCAAGGGCUCCGUUUUCGUAGAGUUCUGCGACACUGAGACAGUGGAGAAGUUUGUCGGCGGCACUUACCGUCUUCCUGAAGCAGAGGAAGAUCUGUUGGUCUUGACGCGCAAUGAUUACUACAAAAGGAAGGAGGGUGAGCGCAAGGAGUUAAAGGAUAAGCUUCGGGAAAGUGCUGUUGCAGCUGCCAUUGCCACAGCUGCUGAUAACACAGAGUCAGAGGAGCUUAAAUACGAGAAUGGCUGCGUCUUGACUUUUGACAAGUGCGGCGAAGAAACUACUCGUGAAUCUCUGAAAGAAAUCUUUGGCAAAGAUGAAGAAAUCCAGUGGGUCAACUUCACUAAGGGCGAUGCUGAUGGCAAAAUUCGUUUUGCUAGCCCUGGUGGUGCAGAAAGGGCUUUGGAGAUUCUGCUCAAAGAAAAUGAAUCCGGCAAGAUUACGAUUGACGGUGCUGAGGCCACGUGCACUGUGCUAGCUGGUGACGCAGAGGAGGAGUAUUACCGCGAAGUGAGGCGCGAGGUAGCGUCGGCAAAGGCCAGGAGCCGUCAGAGCCGCUUCAACCACUAUCGCCACACUGGCCGUGGCAAGUUCCGUGGUGGCAAGCGUCAUGGUGGCGGUGGUUACGAUGGUGCACCCCGCGCCAAGAGGAGCAGAGACUGAGCAUCGACACUGGUACACGCGCGCGCAUUGAAUGUGCCUUUGCACGAUGUGACUUGGAUUUUAACACCGAUCUGCCUGUCGACAAGUCGACAGCAGCACUGGGAACUGCAUACUUGCUGCAGUGGCACUCGAAGUGCAUGAAUGGGCUGUCGACUGCAUGCAGUCGACAGUGCCUUGGGCCAACUUGGCUUGGGCAUGUGCCGUAGUGCCUUGUUGAUCUCUGAACUGGCACCUUGAGACUUCAAUGCCAGCUUUCUGAGCUGUGCUACUGUAAAAUUGGUGUGGAGCCGUUAGCAGUGAUCAUCUUGCACUCUCAGUGCAAAGCGUUUUAGAAACUUGUACCUCGUAGUUUCAUCAUUGAUUUACAACCAGUGGACAUCCAGAAUGUACUUUAAUUAGCUUUUUUGGCUUCUCUGGCCUGUUUUUCACUUUCUCCACUGGCCGCAUUCGCCUUUUGCCAUCUGCCGAUUCUGUAAGUGGGCAACAACAUCAUUAGUUUCUGUCCUCAUUUACCUCCAUGGCCAGUGUUUCGUAAUCGAUUCUAAUCAGCUUUGCUGCAUUUGUUUGUGCGAAGUCACCGUUCCCACCGGUCA